UGGGUAUUUAUAAGUGAAGUGAUACCAUACACUUUUUUUAAAGCGAUUAAUUAAUUUUCUUUCCUCCAUCUUGCUUGUAAAGAAAUCCUUUUACUUUAUGGAAUUCCUUGAUUUCUUCUUUAAUGUUUCCUUUUUCUUGACAAAUUCAAUUGCAUUUUCUUUGUCCUUCCAAAAGACAGCAACAAUUCAGGUCUUGAAAAAGGCUGGUCGCCCAUCAGAACGUCUAGUGAGCCAUGAAAAUUGCAGAUUUAAAAAACCCUUGGAGCAUGAGUGUGUUCAUGUCCAUGAAAUAACUGAAGCUGCUGGAACUGAAGAGGCAGAAGCUGAUGCUGAGUAUGAUAAUGCUCUCAAGGAAGCAAUUAGAGGUGUGCAAGAUGUUGUUAUUGCCAUAAAUGAACAUAUAGAAGAAGUCAAAUAUGAGAUUGCUGCCCUUGAUGCUGAAUGACUUUUAACUAUUUUCAUUCGGGGCCAAUAGCGAGUCUGUCCUAGUUCAGGAGCUAAGAAAAUAAUGCAAAGUAAUGCACGGUACGAUAUUUCAUACUCUGUCCAGGAAAUUCGUUUUUGUAUUUUUAUGGUCAGCAAAAUGUAUAUAAGACAUUGUUCUUGGUUCAGAUACUAGGGUACAAACCAAGGAACUAUGGCCUUUUCCUUUAUUGUUUUAACCAUUUGCCCUCUUGAUUUAUAAGAGCUUGUUACCCUUAAUUACAUA